AUGACGUUCUCUCUCUCUCUCUUCUCCUUUUCAUUUGCACAGUUCGAGGAAUGGGUGCGUCGGUUUUUGGCGUCGCCGCGGGCCCUGGCGGCGGCCAAGGCGCGCAUGACGGAGGACAUGAUGGGCGAGGAGAUGGACGCCCAGCCGCGCGUCGUGCUCGUCUGCGACGGCCAGCUCCCGCUGCGCCAGUGCUUCCACCCCGAGGCCUGCAACAAGAACGUCGACGUGCCCAACUACUACUACUCCUUUUUCGACCUGCGGAAAGAGUUCGCCAAGGCCUACGGGUCCGAGGACAUCAACUGCGUCUCUGACAUGCUCAACGCUACGACCGACCAUAUCGGGAAAUGA